CACGGUUGCAUUCUGGGAAAGGGCAGUUUCCGUUAGGUGCUGGAGGCUGAGGCGCGCGACCGGCCGCAGUCCCACGUGAAGCGCGACGCGAGCAUCGCUCGGCGGGUCGCUCCCCGCUCGCCGCGGAGCGUUCCGGAAGCCGCCGGGAACCGGAAGUGGCCCGCGGCGGCUCAGAAGCUAAUCCCGGAGCCCGGUGCGAGGCGCCUCGGAGCGCGGCGACGGCGCUAUGUCCCUGAUCUGCUCGAUCUCCAAUGAAGUGCCAGAGCACCCGUGCGUGUCCCCUGUCUCUCACCAUGUCUACGAGCGGCGGCUCAUUGAGAAGUAUAUUGCAGAGAAUGGCACAGACCCCAUUAACAACCAGCCUCUGUCCGAGGAGCAGCUCAUCGACAUCAAAGUUGCUCACCCCAUCCGGCCCAAACCUCCCUCAGCUACCAGCAUCCCAGCCAUUCUGAAAGCCUUGCAGGAUGAGUGGGAUGCGGUCAUGCUGCACAGCUUCACUCUGCGCCAGCAGCUGCAGACAACCCGCCAGGAGCUGUCCCAUGCUCUGUACCAGCACGAUGCCGCCUGCCGUGUCAUUGCCCGUCUCACCAAGGAAGUCACUGCGGCCCGAGAAGCUCUGGCUACCCUGAAGCCGCAGGCGGGUCUCAUCGUGCCCCAGGCUGUGCCAAGCUCCCAGCCAAGUGUCGUGGGUGCAGGCGAGCCAAUGGAUUUGGGCGAGCUUGUGGGAAUGACCCCCGAGAUUAUCCAGAAGCUUCAAGACAAGGCUACUGUGCUAACCACGGAGCGUAAGAAGAGAGGGAAGACGGUGCCUGAGGAGCUGGUGAAGCCAGAAGAGCUCAGCAAAUACCGGCAGGUGGCCUCCCACGUGGGGUUGCACAGUGCCAGCAUUCCUGGGAUCCUUGCCCUGGACCUCUGCCCCUCCGACACCAACAAGAUCCUCACUGGUGGGGCGGAUAAAAAUGUCGUCGUCUUCGACAAGAGUUCUGAGCAAAUCCUGGCCACCCUCAAAGGCCAUACCAAGAAGGUCACCAGUGUGGUGUUUCACCCUUCCCAGGAGCUGGUGUUUUCCGCCUCCCCAGAUGCCACUAUCAGGAUUUGGUCGGUCCCGAACGCCUCUUGUGUACAGGUUGUUCGGGCCCAUGAGAGUGCUGUGACAGGCCUCAGCCUCCAUGCCACUGGUGACUAUCUCCUGAGCUCCUCUGAUGACCAGUACUGGGCCUUCUCUGACAUCCAGACAGGGCGUGUGCUCACCAAGGUGACAGAUGAGACCUCUGGCUGCUCUCUCACCUGUGCACAGUUCCACCCUGAUGGACUCAUUUUUGGAACAGGAACCAUGGACUCUCAGAUCAAGAUCUGGGACUUGAAGGAGCGCACCAACGUGGCCAACUUCCCUGGCCACUCGGGCCCCAUCACCAGCAUUGCCUUCUCUGAGAAUGGCUACUACCUGGCUACAGCGGCCGACGACUCCUCCGUCAAGCUCUGGGAUCUGCGCAAGCUUAAGAACUUUAAGACACUGCAGCUGGAUAACAACUUUGAGGUGAAGUCACUGAUUUUUGACCAGAGUGGUACCUACCUGGCCCUUGGCGGCACGGACGUCCAGAUCUACAUCUGCAAACAGUGGACGGAGAUCCUGCACUUCACAGAGCACAGCGGCCUGACCACGGGGGUGGCCUUUGGGCACCACGCCAAGUUCAUCGCGUCAACAGGCAUGGACAGGAGCCUGAAGUUCUACAGCCUGUAGGCCCUGCCCCUUCUGUCAGGAGCUGGGCCUCAUCUCAGUAGUGGGGUAGAGUUAGGGCUGGGGUGGGGGGAGGAAGGGGAGAGACUACUGGGGGGGGUCUGUGGGGCGGGACAUUCACAUCAUUUCACUCUGGUCUGGGUGGUGGCCUGAGAGCCGUGGAGGUGUGGACCACCCUCACCCAUGCAGCCUCCAGGCCCGACGGGAGUGGACAUGGGAGGCAGAACUGCCACCCUCUGAAGGCUCAGGGUCGGAGCCCAGGGCUCUCCCCUCGUCUCGGUCACUGAGUUGGUGGUGGUGGCCAUUCCACCCCCAGCUUGUUUCAGUUCUUGGGAGAUGGGGAGAGGCUGAGCCCAGGGAACUGUGAAGGGGUGGGCAUGAGGGCUCACGCAGGUUUUUGUAAGCAGUGAUCUAGUUUCAUUAAAAAAAGAAAAUAAUAAACAUAGCCACCUCCCCGUGUGUGUCUGUAGCAGGAACCCCCGAGCUGGGUGGGUCACCGGGAGGAGCACAAAGCGGGACACUGGCUCCCAGGGAGC